AUGCCGACAUUCGUGACUGAACAAGUGCGACAUCCUAUCCUUAACGGCCGCGGUCAUGCACUCAGGGGCCCCCCCAUUGGUCUUUUCCACUCUGUCUUCAACUCAUUUCAUGCUGCCUUGAGGAGUUCUGGACCAUCACCUGCGGAUCCAGAAACAUACUCCUUGGUCAAAGACCUUUUCAUAGCGUUUGCUCGACUUUACGACACGGAGGACGAACGAAUUGCUGUGAUCGACGAGUACCUGUUCCCCCUUCUUGGCGAGAGAUUUCUGACCGUUAUCGCACCUGGGGUCAGGUCUGAUGGAGUCAUCGUGCAGUCCUGCGGUGGUCACACAGCAUACGUGGCUAUUCGAGAAAUAAAAAAUGAAAUCGGAACGCCCAGUGCAGACCCUUACACCCAAGGCAGUCUUAGUUAUCGCAAAUAUUGGGCGGGUGAAGAUGGAGCUGUCAUUCGGGCUAGAUGCUACUGCCCUGCUAUCAUUCUUGCGAUCGCGGGUCCCUGGUUGUGCGUCAGUGGAGGUGUUUACCUUUUAAGGGCGGUCGUGCAACCUUUAACAGACUAUGUCUGGCUUGGGGGUGACCCUUUCGAUGAAGGCAGACUGCGAUUUGCAGCAAGACUCUUCGUGGCUCUAAGAUCAGCCAUCAACGAUCUCCGCGCAUACUACAAACAGCUCGAGUCGCAACUCUCCUCACCACCUUCCCUAACUUUGUAUCCCGAUGCCUUGCCGUUUGCCCAACAAUAUGGGCCACAGACAUUCACGUAUAGGUCACGCAUGGCCUGUAAUUAUCCCUACAAACUACUAUACCUGGCGGAGCUCGAUGGCCCUCAGCCGCGUCUGGUGGUUGUGAAGUUUGUAUCAAAAUACUGCGCGCAAGCCCACCGCCUGCUGGCCGCACAUAAUCUGUCACCAGUCCUGCAUUAUGCGGGCACGGAAGAUACCCAAGCGUCAAUGUACGGUGCACGAUAUAUGGUGGUGAUGGAUUUUGUUGACGCAGAGCCACUGAACACUCUCACCGAACUCCAAUUUCAGCAGGUCACAAAUGCGAUUAGGUUGCUACAUUCCCAUCACUUCGUAUUUGGAGACCUUCGAUUGCCGAAUAUUCUCAUCAAGGAUGGGAAUGCCAUGAUCGUUGAUUUUGAUUGGUGCGGUGAGGAAGGGAAAGCAUGCUAUCCAGAAAGCCUGAACCACCAAGAUAUUGACUGGGCAGUUGGGGUGUCACCCGGCUCUGUGAUAACGAGGGAACAUGACUUACACAUGCUGGACAACCUGAAGCCUGCUAUGCUGGUGGACUAA